CCUCCUCCUCCUCCUCCUCCUCCCCCUCCUCCUCCUGCCUUCUCAGAAGGCCACCCCGCUUGCGCCGCCCCCUCGUGAGCGCCGCUGGCCUUCGAGACGCUGGUGAUGUCCUCCCAGUGCGAGCCCUGCGAGGCGCUGCCGGGAGUCGCGACCUACGACAGCGCAUCGUCCAGCACGUUCGCCGACGGGGGGGGCGGUGCCCGGGUGCACGAGUACGGCAGCGGCCCAGUGCUCGCCCGCCAGGACGUGGAGACCGCGUGCAUUGGCGGCGAGGGCGAUGAGGUCAGCCUCUGCGCACAGCGCGUGCCCUUCUGGCAGGUGCUCGACCAUAACCUCAGCGUGUGGGAGGGCGACGUGACGGCCUUCUCGGCCAUCGUGGGCCUGGGGCACCCACGCUCGCUCGAGGACGUGCAGGCGGCCGGUGCGUCGAGCGAUUCGCUCCUGGAGCGGCUCGGCGUGGAGCGCUUCGGGGUGUGCCUGCAGCCGGGCCCCGGCGCGCCCGGGUGGCUGGACGUCUCCCCGCCGCUGGGGCCGCACUUCACGGAGGUGCCCGUGGUGGGGACAGCGUAUUGGGCGGUGACGCUCACGGGCAUCGCGCUGGGGGACGUGGGCGCGGACCUCUGUUCCCCGUCCUGCGGCGCGCUGGUGGACACGGGCUUCUCGCUGAUCGGCGCGCCCGCGGCGGCCAUCGCAGCCCUGAGUCCCGUAUUGGGCAGCAUUGCGGAGGAUUGCAGCAACUUGUUGGAGUUCAGGGGAGGAAAAGAUGCCGAUGCCGCUGCUCGUCUUCGACAACUCUCGUCGCCACGGCCAGACUAUCCUCGAAAUGCUGGUCAUCAUGCGAGCAAGAGAGCCAUCACGUAACACAUACCCUUUCGCAGCUCCUCGCGGAUUUCUUGGAUCGGCGUUGGGCCCCUUUGGCGGUGCCGCCCCUGGCGCGUUCCGCGCGCCAGAGAGGAGGGUCCAGCGCAGAUCCAAGAGAUCCGCGCGGACCUCCACAGGUGUAUGUUUGAGCAGCUUGUUCUUCCUCUGUGGAUUGCCUUGGUCGCCACGGCUAAGAUAUUCUCGGAAUUCUGGUCAGACCGCACCUUCGGAGAAGUUCGGAGAGAAGGGGUGUCGGUACAGCUGGCGCGAAGGUUAAUGAGAACCUUGGCGUUGCCAGGGUUACAUGCAUGUGUUCUUGUUUUCUCUGGGCUCUUCACGUUGGUAUGUUCUUCGCUCGGGGUAACUUUAUGGCUCCUUGGGUCUUUGGCGAGGGGGCUCACGUUCUUGGCCCAUGUUCUUGUGACCGUGUUACGGCCGAAUGUUGUUUCUUCUCCAGGAGUUGCCGACUCUGCAGUUCAGGCUGGGGGGAGCCCUCUUCGAGCUGCCGCCCUCGGCGUACGUGCUGGAGCCGCGGCACCUGGGCGUGUGCGCCCCCGCGUUCAUGGAGGUAGACAUGGUCUCGCAGUUCGGGCCCGCCUGGAUCUUCGGGCUGCCGUUCUUCCGGCGCUACUACACAGUGUUCGACCGCACGGGCCCGCGCCUCCACGUGGCACACGCAGGCCUGGGCUGCAGGCCUGCGCCUCACUACCUCGCCACCGCAGGAGUGCUCCGCGCGGGGGCGGCGCGGAACCGCUCCGCCCCGCGCCGCUGGCGCCUGCCCGCCCCGCCGCCCGGGGCGCGCGCCCCGCCGUGGCCGCGGGCGACCGGCGGCCGCC